GCCCGGCCGCGCCUGCGCAAUGAGUACCGACUGGCCUCGAGCGCCCCGGCGGGAGGUUUUUCUGUAUGAGUGGAGAAGACAGCUGCAAGUGAAAGUGACAACAUUUUUUUAGGAUGUCUGAAGAUGAAGAAAAAGUGAAAUUACGCCGUCUUGAACCAGCUAUUCAGAAAUUCAUUAAGAUAGUAAUCCCAACAGACCUGGAGAGGUUAAGAAAGCACCAGAUAAAUAUUGAGAAGUAUCAAAGGUGCAGAAUAUGGGACAAGCUACAUGAAGAGCAUAUCAAUGCAGGACGUACAGUUCAGCAACUCCGCUCCAACAUCCGAGAAAUGGAGAAGCUCUGUUUGAAAGUGCAAAAGGAUGACUUAGUACUUUUGAAAAGAAUGAUAGAUCCUAUUAAAGAAGAAGCAUCAGUAGCAACUGCAGAAUUUCUCCAACUCCGUCUAGAAUCUGUAGAAGAACUUAAGAAACAAUUUAAUGAUGAAGAAACUUUAUUACAACCUUCUUUGACCAGAUCCAUGACUAUUGGUGGAGAAUUUCACACUACUGAAGCUGAAGCUACUUCUCAGAGUUUGACUCAGAUAUAUGCAUUGCCUGAAAUUCCUCGAGAUCAAAAUGCUGCAGAAUCAUGGGAAACCUUAGAAGCGGACCUAAUUGAACUUAGCCAACUGGUCACUGAUUUCUCUGUCCUAGUGAAUUCUCAGCAGGAGAAGAUUGACAGCAUUGCAGACCAUGUCAACAGUGCUGCUGUGAAUGUUGAAGAGGGAACCAAAAACUUGGGGAAGGCUGCAAAAUGCAAGCUGGCAGCUCUGCCUGUGGCAGGUGCACUCUUUGGAGGAGUGGUAGGGGGUCCGAUUGGCCUCCUUGCAGGCCUCAAAGUGGCAGGAAUUGCAGCUGCACUUGGUGGUGGGGUGUUGGGCUACACAGGUGGAAAAUUGAUACAAAGAAAGAAACAAAAAAUGAUGGAGAAGCUCACUUCCAGCUGUCCAGAUCUUCCCAGCCAAACUGACAAAAAAUGCAGCUAAAACCAAACUUCAAUAUUAUUGGCGCCAACAUGUCUAUCCUAAUGAGGACUUCUGCUGCUGUUGGACACUUAGCUUUUGGAACACAAGUGUAUCGAGAUGGUGAUAUAGAUGUUCAAGUGGGAUUGAACUGUGAUAAGUGGAUAUAUUUUGUUGUUUGCUAGAGUGUUAAUGGAGAUGUCAGAGAUUGCAGAGCCUGGGCUGUGGGCGUCUAUCUUUCAGGUAAAGUUUAAAGACUGCCGAAGAGCAAACUUUCUGCCUGGAAAUGUUGAAAACAGCCUAUAACUCUGAUAAGAACUUGUAGAAAUGUUGGGUUAUGGAAGAAUAGAUUAUUUCUUAUCCCUGAAUUAGAGAGCUUGAGUUUAAGUGUAUUUUUAGAUUAUUUAGGCCUAUUAGUAGGGAAAAGAAUGGAAGUUUUGGAACCUUCCUUACUGGAGAGAGAAAUUGGGACUUAGUGAAGCACACAUAAUGCCACAUAAUGGAGACCAUAUUUAGUGAACCCUAUUGCAGUCUGAUUCAACUGUAUUUUCCAGAGAAGGGCAUUAAUAAUGUGAGAAAAUAGAAAGAAGAACAGCUUCAAAUAUCUUCACUCCUGACACUGGCUUCUUUUCUGAACUCUUCUCUACCUCUCUUUAAAUAAACAACACAAUUUCAAGUGGUAGGAGACUUAUUAAGCCACUCACAAGCUCACUGUCAGCCUGUCUCCUAACACCUCAAACAUGUAGUGUCCAUUGCCUUCUCUCCUUUAUAAUUUUGAAAAGUUCUUGAGCUUGGGGGGGUGGUGAAUUCUACCCAUGUGUAAUGACUUUUCUCAUAAUCUGCUUUUUUGUAUUGUCUCCCACUUCUGUUCACUCGUUCCUAUAACCUCUAGGUAAAAAAUAAUAAUAAUUAAAAAAAAAAGCAAGGAAGGAAAAGAAAAUUCCAAGUAUUGCCAACAUUGUUAGUCUUCAGGCUAAAACAAAACCAUUUCCUAGAGCAUCAACCAAUUUCAAAGAGCUGAUGUGUCUGCCACACAGAGGUCUCUGACCCUGCCUGAGUUGUCUUUUCAGCUAGCCUUUGGGAGAGCUAAGAACUAGCUUUCUCCCUCGCUUCUGUUACUUUUAUCUUUCCCCUCAGGUUUUGUUAUCUCCUAUACUUUCCUUCACUUUUCUCAGCUGCUAUUUCUUCCCAGGAGUGCCAUUCAUGCUUACUUUUUUAUCACAUUCUAGAUGAUGGGCGAAGCUCAGUGCCGAGACUCAGGCCCAAUGACAGACUUCUGGUGCUAACCCCAACACUUGACAUUGACAGCAAGCAUGGUCCAGCCCAACCCCAUGCCCAUAUCGAAUGGCAAAAAGGUUUUACAUUUAAAAAAAAAAAAGAACCAAAAUUAUAGACAGCCUCACUCUGUAUCCCCAACUACCUUUUGCCUUACUCUACUCUUUUCUGAGGACAGGAAUUGGCACCUGUACCCCAGAAGGUGUGAGCUGUUUCUGCCCAGGAACCAAAGGUCAUCAGGGGGUUGAAUGUUUUUUCUCUUGCUCACUGUACUUUUAAUAACUUGUAUUGAUUGCUACCUUUCUUCUGUGUCUAAUCGAGAUCUUUCUCUUCAAUACUUUUUGAAUCCCAUCAAUGAAUUCCAAUGAAACAAAGCACCACUUUAAAAAUUAUUAUUAAAUAACUGAAAGUAUCUGCUGACUUACAUCUUUAAUAUAAUAACAAGAAGUAAAUACUUUGAAUAGUGUCAGAUUCUGAUCCAGUAUCUGAUACUCGAUACCAGUAAGGUUGGGAUAAUUACUUAAACUCUACAUUUAAUUAUCUUAUCUAGUCCUUGUUGUCCCUUUAACACUAUGUUCUAACCUGAAUGAGGAUCAGAACUCACCCAGUACUUAUUUAAAACAAAAUUCCUAGACUUCAGACACAGGAGUGUUUUGAUUUAGCUAGUCCUUUGUAGUCAUCUGAAAUUAUAAAUUUAAGAUAUAUCAAGAUUCAGCUGUAUCAUAAAAUUCUAUAAUUUCCAGUAUUCUAUGCCUCAGAUUACCUAUAGUCUACUCACCAUCACUGCAUAUUACCUCACUCUGCCCAUCUAAAAUUAGCUCUGCUUUCAGCCCACCAUUUUAGCAACAGCACUAAGGAUUCAUUAUAAUGUCAGGCUGGUUUAUGUAAGGACCUGAAAGAGAGGAGGCCUGAAGAUGAGAGUUCCAUCUUGGUUUCGUAUUUCCCAUUUUUACUGAGCCAGUGUGGGACACCACUUUAUGUACUUAUAUAAGCCUUUAACUUUUGCUGCGUAUCAGACCUGGAAUGUCUAGAGGUCUUCACACUUAGGUAUGUUGUAGUUCUUUGUAAGCACUUUAUAAUUUAAAAUGAAUUGUUUAUUAUAAUUAAUUAAUUAAAACUGAAAAAUUA